ACUCAUUGCUCAACAAGAAGUUGUCAACACAUACACACACUGGUGACACAGGAGCAAAACCCGUCAAGACUCGUUUGAAUAUCGAAGUGAUAUACAACCUAGCACGAUUAUGAAAUAUACAGUGGCCAAGACCCUCAACGUUUGACUGCUAGUGUGCAGCGCAUCAUUAUACGGUUGAUUACGAGACGUGCUGAUGAAUUUGCGGGACCCACGACACGGGCACGAUUCAAGAUUCACAAUUCACGAUUCACAUUGACACUGUGACUGUGACAGUCUGUGUAAUGACUACUCACUGUACACUUUGCCAUCAUAUGUAGGCUACUGUACUGUAGGCUAUAGUGUACACUAAGUGACACUGUACGCCACGAUUUUUGCAGAAGUUUGAGUGUAGUCUCAUACGUUCAGACAAAAUGCGAUUGGUGUUGAAGUACUAGGCCCUACUAAUACUAUAACUAAUUUAACUAUACGUAUAAAAGUAACUAAAACUAGUAAAAGCAAGUUAAUAGUAUACGGCCCAACAACACUAAACGGGUAACAGAGCAAAAUCGAGAUGUCUAAAUGUAGCUCACAGGUUGAGAAUGGCUGUGACUUCGUCGGGAUAUUUAUGAAGAUGCUGGAAAAUCCUGGCAGUGACUCAGGGAGGUUACAGUCACAGUAUGCGUCAUCUGAAAUUGUGACACCGUCUGUUCAGGGUUCUGUAUCCCGAACUCCACUAUGUUCAGAUAUGCCGCUCUCAGUUCCUAAUACACUUAUGGAAAUUACACCAUGCAAAGUAGCUGAGUGCCACCGGAUUUCUAUAAGGACACCAAUGGAAGAGCUGAAUCACACUGGGAAUGGAAUGGAAGCAAAAACACCACUUUCUGUAUCACCGAGAAAAGAGGCAGUCCCAAAACUACCAACCUCACUAUCUUUGAGACAAAAUACGGUUCCAGUAACUCCACUUUUAACACCUCUAAGACAAGUGGCACGUCUCAGAACAUCAGGCUUGAUGGAAUCGGGAAAAGAGACACAUCUGAAAACAUCGCUUCCACAGAGACAGGAGGCGAUGCUGAGGACGCCAACCUCGCUGGGCCUUAAAAACGAAGCAUCCUUGAGUACAUGUUUAUCUACAUCACCGACUUCAGUAUCAGCCGAAAAUCGAACUCCUGUGUUUGGUGAAACACCAACAACGAGAUGUAGAACUAAAAGAAAGUUUCCUGGACCUGCAGGAAUGCUGCCUGUAUUAGGAAAUCCAUUCGGGUCACCCAAGAAUGAAAUCGACAUUACAGUGGGAUGUUCUGGUGAAAAGUCUCCAAGGAAUCAUCUGAAGGAGACCAUAUGCACUCAGACUGGCGAUGAAGACUUUGCAGAAGAGUUAUGGCGUGUGAUGCAGAAAGAUCUAGAAAAUGAGCAGGCAAGCUCCUUGUCACACUUCAGAUUAUCCUGGGUACAGAGGAAGGCAACCAUGAAGCAACUUCCUAAAGGAAAGGUACCAUUCUUGUGCGUAAUUGUGAAAUCUGUGACAUUCACUGGUGCAGAUGCCAUCAUAGUCGUAAAAGAUCCUACAGGAGAGAUGCAGGGCACAGUCCAUAGACAGGUGAUGGAUGAACAUGAGAUGACAUUCAAGGGAGGAGCUGGUGUCUUUCUGAACCAGUGUGGAGUCUUCAGUCCUUCUCCAAGAAGUCACUAUUUAAAUAUCACCUCUAGGAAUCUACUACGAAUAUAUGUGCAAACAGAGGACAGCAAGGUUUCAUCUCACAAAGUAUUGCAAUUGAGUCUGAAAGAUAUCAGGGACAGAAUCGAUUCCCCGGAAAGCACCCAGAACCCCAUUAAUGUCACCAAACUUCAUCACACACAAAAGAAAUUGGUGGGUGGGCAAGAAGGCUCUACACCGAACAUCCGUAAUGUUGCACCCGCAGAAACACAUAAGCUUGGUCAUGAAGCAAGCUACUCUCCUAAGUUCACACCACCUGGAAAGCAAGAUCCGACUGUGAUGUCAUCACUUACGUAUAAAGCAGGUCAGAAAACAGAAGCACAAACGAAUUCUAAGCGAACAACUGCUGUAUACAGCCCCGUUACUAGUUCUCCACGCAAUGUAAAUUGGCAGGUUCGAACUCCCGCGCCAGCUGGUAGUAGUGAAUCGGCCGACUAUCGGGCAACACAAGGUGAUGGUGGUAUUAUUUCUCAAAAGAUGGCAGCACGCGUCAUGAAUUCGCCCAUCGCUCGACCGGAGGAGCAGCCGCAUGGUACUGGUGAUGGCAAAAGUGUAACGGAGUUGAUAAGCGGCAUCGAAGAUGAGCUGUUUGGCGAUUUUUAAUGAAACUCGGAUAUAAAUUAUUUAAUGAGGUCUCUAAUGCAUGUAUGCUACUAAGCACCCGUCUGCCAUUUUGUGCACGAAUGCACAAUGGUAGUAAUCUACUAAUCUCACCAUCUUUGUUACAUAUAUUCUUAAAUUUUACAUGCAUGCAAUAGGAUUAGCUAAGCAAAAAUGCUACAUGUAUAUUACCAGUGAACUGGUUCCAAUCAUUAUGCCGGCUUUGAUUUUGUGCUAAAAUAUCGUGUUCAGAUAUUGAAAAAUCGCGGAUAAUCAUUCUAUGUACAGACAUGUAGAUAGUCUGAUGUAUAAGUAUAACUCUUGUAUAAUAGAUUUAUUUAGAAUUGCUUCACAAAAUUAUAAGCAAGGAAAUAUGUACACAUAACUUGAUAUUUAAAAAAUGUAAAAAAUCAGUACAUGUUAUACGUUUACCAGAGUUGUUACCAUAAAAAUGUUCAUUUGGAAUCGAUCUCCGCUGGUUUAAUAGUAAUAUGGGAAGCAGUUUAUUUGUUUUUAUCACAUUGCUUUGCUAUGAGCAGUUUUUGUCGUUUUGUCACUUGAUUGCAAAAUGAAAACAUUUUUGCAUAAUAUUAUAGUAGGACAAAGAAAUUUACCUCUGGUU